AUGUUGCGCUGGGCCAUUUCGCUGGCAAUUGCUGUUUCUUUGUGGAGUGCAUCUUUGCACCGGACCACUUUCAGCUCUCCUCCUGGCAAGCCGGGGGCGCAGAGAAAGCCUCGCAAAGAGGCUCCCAAGCAGCGCGGUGCGAGUGCUUUCAGGGAGCGCACCGGGACGGGCAAAGGCGAACCUGUACCUGGCCGCAACUACGCUAUGUCAGCCAGCGAAAAGAUUUUGACAAGCAGACUGAGAAAUGCUGGCCGCAGAGGUGGGAGCGACGGUUGGAAAGAGGUGAAGCGACUCUACGCCGGCUACACCGGCGUAGCACCACCAGUUCAUGGUGCCGCUAUGCAUGCGGCAUAUCGGUGUGGGAAAUGCACAGAAGCUGCGGCGAUGUACAUGCAGGUAAGAACUUCAGGCAAAGUUGAGACAAAUAUGGUGACAUUGCUGCAUGGACUUAAGAUUUUUGGCAAGUUGCGGGACAAGUCGAAUGUCAGCGUCAUUUGGGACGAAGUCCUCCAAAGAGGGUGGCUGGACAAGUUCCGUGGCGCUGCGCGGAUCGAUGCUGCAGCCGAGAUGGGCGAUAUUGAAGAUGCUGCAGACGUUCUGGAAUUGUUGCAGAACCGAAGCAUUCCAUGCAAUGAGUUGCACUACACAUCCGCCAUCACUGCGUGCAAAAAUUCUCAUGACAACAAGCGCCACGUUGCAGCCAUGUACUUGUUGAGCGAAAUGCUGAAGAGUGAUGUGCAGCCGAAUACUGUAACGUUCGGAAGCCUCAUGGGCUCACACACAGCAGCUCCAUUGAAGAGAAUCCAAAUUUUGCUCGCUGAGAUGUACAAGCAUGGAAUUCAGCCCAACACCCUGUUUGCGGAAGAGAGUUUGUCAGCGAUUUUCCAAGGCCAGCUUCGAAACGCGUGGACGGUAGAUGAUGUCGCCGAACGCAUCGGACAUUUCAGCUUGGAGCGGUUGCAGGCAGCACAUUCACUGCUGGAAGAUGCCAAAUCUCAGGGUGUCCCGCUGACUCGAUUGAGCUCUCUCGCCCAUCAAUACUUGGGACGAUGCCUUUAG